ACCCUUUAUCCGUUGUCCAGCUUUCUCGGCCGGCGCCUCCCAGGCUCCCACCGUCUCCAGUCCGACACUCCAACUCUCUCCUCCGCCCCAGCCCGCCGUAAUGAUGGCCGCCGCGGCCGCCGUCUCCGCGGUCCCGAUGCCUUCCCGACUCACCCUCCGUGCCCACCCCUGCUCCUCCGCCGCUCCGCUCCCUAUGCGCGCGCUCCCCUUCCUCCGCAGCCGCCUCCGCUCCUUGACCACGGCCUACGCUGUCAAGCAGGACGCGGCCCUCUGGACCCCUGCGCCCGUCUCCGCCGUCAGCGCCGCCACCGCCGACGGCUCCAUCUCCUACGUCGUCGUCGACCUCUCCGACGCCGCUGACCUCGUGGACUCGUACACGACCCCGGGGCAGUACCUCAAGAUCCGCGUACCCUCUGCCGGGGACGAGCUCAAGCCGGCGUUCAUGGCCAUCGCAUCGCCGCCCGGCGCGGGGCCCCGGUUCGAGUUCGUCGUCAAAACCGUGCCGGGGACCACCGCCGAGAAGCUCUGCACCCUCCGAGACGGGGAUGUUGUGGAGCUCGGCGCCGUCACGGGGGACGGCUUCGCCCUCGACAAGAUAAAUCCGCCCGACGUCGCGCAGGCCGUGCUCAUGUUCGCCACGGGGACGGGGAUCAGUACGAUUCGUUCACUUAUCGAGUUUGGUUUUGCUGCCAAUGAAAGAGCUGAUGUGAGGCUUUAUUAUGGUGCUAGAAAUCUGCAAUCGAUGGCAUACCAGGAGAGAUUCAAGAACUGGGAGUCAACUGGAGUUAAAAUAAUACCAGUCUUAUCACGACCAGAUGACAGUUGGAAUGGUGAACGAGGGCACGUUCAGGAUGCUUUCUUCAAAAACAAGAACAUAGUAAAUCCAUCUUCUACGGGAGCCGUACUUUGUGGACAGAAUGAAAUGCAGGAGGAAAUCACCUCAGCCCUUGUAGCAGAUGGUGUCUCACGAGACAAAAUCUUAACGAACUACUGAAAGCAAUCUCCGGUCUCCCCCUGAUGUAUUCUACGACCAGUUAUUCCUAGACCUGGCUGUAAUGUUCCAGUGUUAUUUAUAUCGAUAUCUAAUAAUAAAGAGGCAAAAUUUAUGCCACUAAUAAUUUUUCGUCCAACUUACUCCGAAAGUGUCUCGGCUUCGACCAUCAGUUCUGGAAAGUUUCCCGCGUCCGAAUUCUCUGUCAAAUAGAACCGGCAUUUUCCGUGGAAGACGUUCCAUUUUCUCCCUUCUCCUUGUUGGGUUCUGUACAUGACUUUGUUUUUCCUUUUUUAUCUCUCUUUGUCAUGUAAAAAAAAUAUAUCAUAUAUCGUAUUAUGUCCUUUCUUCUC